AUGGCUUAUGAUUUAACCUUAGAUAUUUGCAACGAGAAGAUUUUCCAGCGAAAUCGAUUGCAAGCGAGGUCAUAUUAUAUUCCACCUUCUUCUCUCCUGUUGAAUGGCAGAUGGGACUUACAUUAUGCUCCAACACCGAAACAUGCACCACUUCCGGCUCAAGCAAAUACACCAGCCCCAGAAUUGCAUACUAAGGAAAGCUAUGUGAAUGGGCGACCAGUUUCAAACAAAAAGAUCGAGACUCUACCAGAUGAUGAACUAGAGUGGGAAACCAUAACAGUUCCGGGUCAUUGGCAACUUCAAGGGCAUGGACGACCUCAAUAUACGAACACAAUUUAUCCAUUCCCCGUUUGUCCUCCACAUGUCCCAACUGAAAACACCACAGGGACGUACCGCGGAUCCUUUCACGUUCCGAAAUCAUGGAAUGAAUCUUCACAAUUGCGAUUGAGAUUCGAUGGCGUAGAUAGUGCUUUUCAUGUCUGGGUCAAUGGCCGAUUUGUUGGAUAUUCCCAAGGAUCCAGAAAUGCGGCAGAAUUUGAUGUUUCGACAUUUUUGAACCGAGCAAGCUCAAAUGAAGUGUGGGUUCGUGUAUAUCAGUGGUGUGAUGGAUCAUAUAUUGAGGAUCAAGAUCAAUGGUGGUUAUCGGUCUAUGUGGACGACAAGAUUACCCACACACUUCACCAAAACGUCGGCUUUCGUUCUGUCGAACUUAAAAAUGGUCUCAUAACAGUCAAUGGAAAAGAUAUUCUAUUCAAUGGUGUAAAUCGCCACGAUCAUCAUCCACAUUUCGGACGUGCAGUACCAUUAUCUUUUGUCAAACAAGAUUUGCUGUUGAUGAAGCAGCAUAAUAUCAAUGCUCUACGCUGCUCGCAUUACCCAUCUCAUCCGGGGUUGUAUGAUUUGUGUGAUGAACUCGGGCUGUGGGUCAUUGAUGAAGCAGACUUAGAGUGUCAUGGAUUCUAUGAUGCCGUAGCAUACCCGGCUGAUAUUCCAGAAUCAAUACCUGACGAAGAGCGCAAGAAGUUGAUCUUUCCACAAGCCGCUAAAUUUACCUCCGAUAACGAAACUUGGCACGAUGCAUACAUUUACCGAAUAAGCCAACUUAUACAUAGAGAUAAAAACCACCCGUCGGUCAUCAUAUGGUCUCUCGGAAACGAGGCAUUUUACGGGCAAAAUCAUAAGUCAAUGUACGAUUAUGCAAAGAAAGUUGAUCCGAGUCGAUUGGUCCAUUACGAAGGUGAUACUGAAACGAAAUCGGCAGACAUGUACUCCUACAUGUAUCCACCAAUCGAUGCCCUUAAAAAGCACGCGAAGACUACUGGUAAAUCUGGUGGUUCUUUUGAUAAGCCUAUUGUGUUAUGUGAAUAUGGCCAUGCCAUGGGUAAUGGUCCUGGAGGUUUAAGGGAUUAUCAGGCUGCGUUCCAAAAUUACGCAAGACUCCAAGGUGGAUGGAUUUGGGAAUGGGCGAACCAUGGACUAUGGAAAGAAGAACCGGGCAAAGAAGGUUUUUAUGCAUAUGGCGGUGACUUUGGCGAUGUUCCGAACGACAAUACAUUUGUCAUGGAUGGCCUGUGCUAUAGUGACCAUACACCCACACCUGGCUUGACAGAACUUAAGAAAGUCAUUGCUCCAAUUCAUGCUUGGGUGAGUCGUGAUGAAAUCUUCAUUUACAAUGGUUAUGAUUUCAUAGACCUUGAUCACGUCGCCGCUUCAUAUAAAAUUGAGAUGUUUGGGACUAGCCGAAAGAUUUUGAAAUCAGGAAGUCUGGCAAUUCUAGAUACUCCCCCUGGAGAAAUGUCUGGGAUGAAAUUGCCGUCUAUUAUUGCUCGGGAGGGCGAAACUGGCGAGCUAUGA